AUGCCUUCUCGCUGUAGGACUGUGCUGCAUAUCGUGACGACCACCCUCUUCGCCGCUGUGGUCCUGUUUGGGAUCCUGCUGGCUUACGUGACUGGCUACCAGUUCAUCCACACAGAGCAGCACCACCUGUCUUUCGGCCUGUACGGAGCCAUCCUGUCUCUACACCUCUUCCUCCAGAGCCUGUUUGCCUUCCUGGAGCACAGACACAUGCGCAGCCCCGCCCGGCCCCAGCAUCUGCGGCGCUCUGUGGCCCUGUGCAUCGCUGCCUACCAGGAGGACCCAGACUACCUGAGGAAGUGCCUCCGCAGCGUGCGCCACAUCUCUUUCCCCGGCCUGAAGGUGGUGCUGGUGGUGGACGGGAACAGGCCGGAGGACGGCUACAUGAUGGACAUCUUCCAGGAGGUGAUGGGUGGAGCGGACCAGGCAGGCAGCGUGGUGUGGAAGGGGAACUACCACAGUGACGGGGGCGGGGGUGGAGGGGUGGGCGGAGGGGGGGCCAGAGCAGCGUCCCUGCAUGCGGAGGAGGCUGCACGUGUGGCCAGCCUGGUGAGGAACUGUCGCUACUCCUGUAUCAUGCAGGAGUGGGGAGGGAAGAGAGAGGUGAUGUACACAGCUUUCAAAGCCCUGGGAGACUCUGUGGACUAUAUGCAGGUGUGUGACUCAGACACAGUUCUGGACCCAGCGUGCACCAUAGAGAUGCUGAAGAUUCUAGAAGAGGAUGCAAAGGUGGGGGGAGUAGGUGGAGAUGUUCAGAUCCUGAAUAAGUAUGACUCGUGGCUCUCCUUCCUGAGCAGUGUGCGUUACUGGAUGGCCUUCAAUGUGGAGCGGGCCUGCCAGUCCUACUUUGGCUGUGUGCAAUGUAUCAGUGGUCCCCUGGGCAUGUACCGCAACUCUCUGCUGCAGCAGUUCCUGGAGCCCUGGUAUCACCAGACCUUCCUGGGCAGCAAGUGCAGCUUCGGUGACGACCGCCACCUCACCAACCGCGUGCUCAGUUUCGGCUACAAGACCAAGUUCACCGCUCGCUCCCAGUGCCAGACUGAAACGCCAACGCGCUACCUCCGCUGGCUCAACCAACAGACCCGCUGGAGCAAGUCCUACUUCAGGGAGUGGCUGUACAACGCUCUCUGGUUCCACAAGCACAGCCUCUGGAUGACCUACGAGUCUGUGGUGACAGGCUUCUUCCCCUUCUUCCUGGUUGCCACAGUGAUCCACCUGUUCUACCGUGGGCGCCUGUGGAACAUCCUUCUCUUCCUGUUGACAGUGCAGCUGGUUGGCAUGGUGAAGGCUACCUACGCCUGCUUCCUGAGGGGCAGUCUGGUCAUGAUCUUCAUGUCUCUCUACUCCCUCCUCUACAUGUCCAGUCUGCUGCCAGCCAAAAUCUUUGCCCUGCUCACUAUCAACAAGGCUGGCUGGGGCACAUCAGGGCGGAGGAAGAUUGUGGUGAACUUCAUUGGGGCAGUGCCUGUCACAGUGUGGGGGGCUGUGCUGCUGGGUGGGGUGGCAUACACCAUCUACUGUGAAACCCAGGAGCCCUUCAGUGAGACAGAGAAAGCACUGCUCAUCGCUGGGGCCAUCCUGUACGCCUGCUACUGGGUCAUCCUGCUGGUUCUUUACCUGGCUAUAGUAGCCAAACGCUGCAACAAGAGGGAGGAGCAAUACCACCUGCCGUAUGCAGAGGCAUAA